AUGAUGGAUUCAGUCUCGCCUGCAAUCAACACCCCGAACCUGAAAAGUCCGAUUUCUCGCAAAAGAAAGCGAGGGAGGCACGCUGUCGCGUGUGAGUCGUGUCAUCGGCGAAAGCAGAGGUGCAACGGAUCGCGACCCUGCUUCAACUGCGAACGCCGUGGAGUAGGCGGCUCUUGCUCAUACAACCAUCUCGAAGAUGAUGGCGAGAGGGCGGCUCAGCGGCCGCGACAACCGAUGGUCACCUCGCCCGUCACGAGCUUCGCAGCACCAGUGACACCUACUCCAUCAAUUCCAACACAAGAGACUGAACGGCCGGAUGUAUCGUCCACAGUGCCUGGCGCAAUCCCAUCGAGACCAUCCAGCAGCGGAGGUAGACGACAAGGCGAAAGCGGACAAGACCAGCAGGCAGAGUACCCAGUCGGAAACCUCUUCAAAAGCCGCGAUGCGCCCUCGUUUUUCGGCUCAUCCUACUUCGGACCUCAAGCGGCGGCGAAGAUCAUCCAAGCUCCAGCUCCCGAGCUUUCGUCUGGUCUUUGUCAAAAAGCCCAGGCGAGUUCAACACAUUCUUUCCGAGACGAAGGUGGUCCUUUCUCUCAGAUAUGGGAGCUACUCGGUCUACUUCCCAGGAAGAAGUCGACCGUGGAUAGGUUGACGGAUUGCUUCCUAAAUGAACUCAAUUGGGCCAUUGAUGCCGUUCAGCCAACCUCAUUCAAAGCCAAAUAUGAGAACUUCUGGUCUCGGAAGUUCGGUUUCGACGACUUUGCUACUAUAGACCUCCGCUGGUUAGCGCUGCUUUUCAUCGUCAUGGCGUACGGAGUCCUGCUUGACUGUCCGAAACCGCGUAACAAGGAGGUGCAAAGAGAAGUUUAUGAGACAUCACAACGCUUCUAUUGGGCUGCCCGAAGAGCCAUCGUUAUUGCCCCAACUUUCUAUGGUGAGUCCACCGAUCUCGUGAGAGCCGGUGUUUUGGUGACGCGGUACCUCAUCUAUACCCGCCGAGUACCGGAGUCAUGGCUCACCACCAGCUUCGCUAUGCGAAUGGCCCAGGCACAAGGAAUGCACAUUGAUGGCGAGAGGUGGAGGCUGCCACGGAAGGAGACAGAGACGAGACGAAGAUUGUGGAGCAACCUCUACAUGCUGGACAAAACAAUUGCCCUCGCCCUCGGGAGGCCAUUUGCAAUCGUUGACCAGCAGUGCCUGGUUAAGCAAGCGUCAAAUGUCUGGCUAGACGAUCUUAGUGACGACGAAGCGGCCAACAUACCGGAAGCGCCCCUCUCGGAGCCGACUGCCAGCGUCUUCAGCAGACUUGCUCAUGAACUUGCUGUUGUCGUAGGGAAGAUCCAGGAACGCUGUUUCGGCUUGUUCACGGUUUCCUACGAAACAGUCUUGACAUUGGACAAGGAGAUUGAGACAUGGAGAAGCCGUUUGCCUCAAUACUUUGAACUAGAUGAUCCCGACACAUCAAAUGAUGAGCGGCUUCCUUUUCUGCCCUGGCAGAGGCUUCAUUUGCAUAGCAUGUACCAUUUUGCUAGGGUCACGCUUCACCGCCCUUUUCUUUUACGUCAAUCCAUCACAAACCGUUACAAGCAUAGUCACGAUGUGUGCAUUGCCUCUGCCUGCGCAGACCUCGAAAUGGGUCUCAAGUUGUUCAGCCAACCCCUCAACGACAGGUUGAAAUGGAGUCUAGGCCCCCAUAACCUCUUCAAUAGCGCUCUGGUUCUUGGCAUAAUCGCUGUGCGAGAUCCUCAUUCUCGGAGGUCGCACGCCAUCCUUGAAGAUCUAGCUGCGUAUUGCGAAAUGCAACGGAACGAUGUCUGGCUCAAUGAAUUUGCUCUGGCAGAGGUGAAGAUCGUAGAGCUCUGUGUAAAGAAGGCGAGACAGUCGCAGCCGCCGGUUCCCAAUCCUAUGGUUCCACUCGCUCUGGCGUCACCUGCUGAGCGACCAUUACAGUCAGUUAGCCAUCCCAGUAUGAUGACUACACAGCCUCAGCAGUUGCCAGCUGAGAGUCCCGAGUUUGAUCCCUUGCUGGUUGGGUUAGGACUCCCCUACAGCACGUCAAGUGCUCAAAUGACUUGGGAUGACCCGGGGUUCUUUCUACCGGAAAGCGGAGAUCUGUCUCAGUGGGAGCAUGUCAUCAACACCAUCAUGCACGAUCAAACCAAUUCUUGA